CCUUACCCUCGACCCAUACAAGCAGCUGAUCAUAAUUUUAUUGUAGCAGUGACAUAAUUAAGUACAUUGGUAACUGUUUUUAUGAUAACUGUUUCUUGAUGAUCAAUUGAUUAAACGGUAAUUAUUUUGUCUAAUAACGGCACUGAAAUAAACAUUCCAGCAUAGCGAAAAACUGUAUUUAAAUUUAUUUGUACGAACUGAUCGUAGGAAACCGAUUGUGCUGUUAAUUUAAACUAUCUUAAGGUUGCGUGAUUUGUUAAUAAUUCGAAUAACGCCGGUAUGGGCCUGCUUCUAAGUCGCAUCUACUCACUAGUCUACGGAAAAACUCCUUGCAGGAUACUCAUGAUCGGUCUGGACGGCGCUGGAAAAACAACAAUUCUUUACAAGCUCAAGCUCGGCGAGGUCGUAACCUCCAUCCCCACGAUCGGUUUCAACGUCGAGACCGUAGAAUACAAGAACCUGGCACUCACCGUGUGGGAUGUAGGAGGUCAGGGGCAGCUGCGCGGGCUGUGGCGCCACUACUACCAGAACGCCAACGCCGUCAUCUUCGUCGUGGACUCAAGCGACACGUCGAGACUUGUAGAGGCUAGGAAUGAAAUUUACACUGCCCUGACAUCGGACGAGCUCCGCAAUGUUCCGGUCCUGGUGUGGGCCAACAAACAAGACAUGCCGCAAGCCGCAAGCGCGGACGCUGUGCUGCGGGCGCUACGUUUGCCGGAUGCCGGACGCCGGGACUAUCACUGCGAGCCCUGCGUUGCCAUCACGCAUACCGGUCUUAUUGAAGGGCUGGAGUGGCUGGCUCAGCACAUCAAGCUCUAAAUUACGAUUAAAUUAAUUAAUUAUCUGUAGGUAUUAGCACCAAUGAAUGGUAUUGAUGUAUAGACUAGAGUGGCUGGCUCAGCACAUUAAGCUCUAAAUUACGCCUGAAUAUUUAUACGUAUUACCACCAAAAAGUGUCUUGAUGUAUAUAUUGGCUAGAGUGGCUGGCUCAUCACAUUAAGCUCGGAAUUACGAGUGAAUAUUUACUGUUAUUAGCACCAAGGAAUGGUAUUGACGUUAAUUUUUUCGUUGUCCAAUGCGCAAGUAUUUUUUUCAAGUAAAUAUGAUCUGAUAUAUUAUCUGCUCUAUAUCAGAUUCAUGUGUUUCCCCAUUUCGAAUAUUUUUCCAUCAUUCUAUGGAAAACGCAAUUAAUCGUUCAAUCUCUGAAGUUUUCAGCAAAGAACCUAUAUUAAUCAACCAAUACAGAAUUUAGCUAUUUUCACAGUACUGCAAAGCACUUAUCUACUAACUCCCACGUUUUGCUAGUCUUAUUUGCAUUCUUCUAUUAAAAUUUGCAAGCUUAAUAAACAUGAAUUUAAGACUAAACUGGUUCAACUAAAUAACCAUACGAGUUUAAAAGAGCAAUCUUUGUACAGGCACCUACGAGUAUCCAGGAGUGAUGUUGUAAGGGUAUUUUAUUAUUAAAUAAAGUGAGAUUUAUUAACCCAUUCGAAAUUAUUAAAUUGAUUAACUACGUAACUUUUCUUACCGCUCUCUUAUUUUGUCGUGCCCGGAAAAUUAUGAAUGCUUGUGGAAUGUGUAUAGAUAUCGAUCGAGACUUUUGUGAGUGACAAAUCAUGACUUAGAUCGCCUAAGAUUCGACUGGAUGUUUUCAUAUGAAUGCUGAUCAUAUAUAGUCGGCAAAAUAAAUCGUAUUAUAUUAUAUUGGCAACAAUAAUAUUAUUUUUAAUUUGUUUGAACACGUAUUGUCAACAAACAACAGCCGGUAGCAGCGCGUUGCCAUGGAGACGAAAGCAGCGUCUAUGCAACUGAGGGACGCCUAGCUUUAGUGUUCACGACUGCGAUUGCUAUGCAAGAUUUUAUUUAUAGUGAUCAUUUAUACGUGGCUGGUUGUAAUUGGCGAUGAUUAGACCUCAUUUUAAUCACAAUUUUCACCGAUAAUGCACUAUUUAUUAAGAAAACGUUAACAAGCAUCACUGUACAGUGAACAAUCAACUCGUCACUCGGACCAACUUACCUAAUAUUCGCGAGGCUACACACAGAUUUAACUACUCAGUGAUAUACUCAGCUAUGUCUUACAAGUAAGUCGUGCCUGCGGAAAUAGGUGGGUAGAUUUAAAGUAACUACAAAGCUAGAUUUAAUUUUUUCAAUUGUUUAGCGAGAAAAUAGUAUAUUCUCAUCUAGAAGCGAAAUAGCAUCACUCUAGUGACUUAUCGUUUAGCCGAAUUUGAAGAAAA